UAUACGCGAGUUUCUGCCGAGAAUAACAUAAGAAGGAGAUUUGUGGGAACUAAGUCUAAUGCUGGAAAGACGACUGAAAAACUCGUAGGUACAAUGUAGUUGAUAUCGGCUUGUAAUUCACUAUGCACGUGCACACGUUUACGUAGAGGGAACAGAAUUGUAAUCGUUCCCACUCUCAAACCCAUUUUUAACGCAUUUUCUUCCUUUCUCUUCCUUUUUUUGUCGUAUUCCUUUCCUCUAGAUGCACACGAUAUAAUUUUUACGUUCAUGUCGUACAUUAAUAUGUAUCCUAAGCCCAAUAAAUGGAUGAAAACUGAGUUGUUUUUUUUUUGCUUGUUUUGGUUUGUUUUGUUUUAAUUUCCUUAUCUGUAACCUUGCACUGUUACUUAUAAUUUGAUAUACUAGUCGAAAUCCCCAGCCCUGGACCCAGUAUACAUGCCUAAGUCUCUGAUCCCUGGGGGAUGAUAUGGUAAGAUUUCCGCUCAGCUCCAUUCUUCAUUAUGCAUACAUAUCUUGGAUAACUGAAAGAAAACGAUGGCGAAAACAAUAGAUUACCUUUGUUUUACAAAUGUAUGGGACUGUACGGAAAUCUUGCUGAAAAUAUUCCGAUCAAACUUUCUGUUCCUUGAGCAAAUAUUGUCAAAGGAUUAAAAAAAAAAAUAGUCACUGUUAUUGAAAUGCCUUACAUUCCCUGUUAUUCAAGAAAUAGGAGCAAAUAAGAGAAGAGUUGUUCGUCAGAUUCCAGAUGAGAUUGUCAACAAUCUUGAGCUGCAAGAUGCUGUGAGACAGGUAAAUAAUGAGAAACUUCACAUGACCCUCGGUUCACUUGACCCUUUAACCCCAUAGGUGACCAGGAAAGAAUUUCUCCUUACAAUAUCAGUACAAUAUCAAGCAGACAAGUGAUGAGAAUGAAGAAAAAUAUCAAUUAGGGGAUUAAUAGCUGAUCCAAUACCCAACUUCUCAGAACUGACAUCAAAAGAAUUGUUGGGCAGACAGUAAGGAGAAUUACUAAUAAGAUCUUGGGAGUCAAAGGGUUGAAAAAGUAAGUUAAUUACUUUCAAGCCCCUUUCAACUGAUUUAGUUUUAUAAAAUCCAACUAGGUUCAUCAUUGGGAUUUUCAGUCAGCAGACUGAGUGUGGAAAGAAAUUAAAAUGUGACUUCUUUAAGUAGAAAUGUAUUGUAAGUUGCUCUCCACAAACUUGAAUCCUUUUCAGCAUGUCAUGAUGUCACUGAGGCCUGUAGGAUUGUUAUUUAAGAAUCAGAUCUUAUUUUUCAAGUUUAUUUUAAUUUUGCAGUCUGUGUACUAAAUUAACCAUCCUUGUCCAAACCUUUUUUUUUUUUGCAACUUUUUUUUUUACAUGUAUUUGAAAUGUGAGGCAUUUACAAAGAGUGUGUUCUAGAUAACUGUUAUUUGUCUGGAAUGGUCAUCAUCAAAAACAGGUCACAACAGUUUAACCAACUAGCUACAAUUCAUUUUCUAUAUAUCAGAUUUUGCACCAAUAGAGAUCAGGGUAAAUAUUACUUUCUAACCGAGAUAAUUAUUCCUUUUACAACAGUUACCUCCUAACUACAAUUUUGAAAUCUUCAAGUCAGUGUGGAGGAGUUAAGAAAUAAAUGCUGAAAGAGGUAAAUAAGCCCACAUUAGUUGUUAAUUUUUGUUUGUGUCUUGUUCUUAUGCAACACACUUGACUCCACCUUAUAAUGCCUUUCUCCACCUGAGUGCAAAGAAAAAAAGAUGAAGUCGUUACUCUAGCCAAGUGGCCCUGAUUCAAGAGGAGCUUAUCUGGGUUUUCAUAGCAUGAAGCAACAAGGAGUAUUACAACUCCCCCCAGAUGGAAUGCUGGUCCAUCACUAGGUUACUCCCAAGCAUUUUAUCAGACUUCCCUGACAAUUGGCCAGUAUCCAUUCAUACUCCUGGGUAGAGAGACGCAUUGUGAGAAUGAAGUGUUUUGUUGAAGAACACAACAGAAUGACCUGGCCAGGUCUCAAACCCAGACCUCUCCAGCCAGAGUCCAGCGCACUAACCAUUAUGCUGCAGCAUAAUGGCAUCUUCCAUGAGUACAAAAGAAAGGGUGAGGUGGAAAUGCAGUUCUCCUUAUCAAUACAUGCUAUAGAAAUCAUGAUAAGCUUUAGUCCCUCUGUCAUUUGAUCUUGUAUGCAGACCUUGGCCUUCAAAUGUUGCCAUGUAAAAAAUGAAAAAAAUAUGAUGUCAUCUUCAACCACAAUAGGCAUAAAUCAAUGUCAGUUUCAUGUUCUGUUUUUUUUUUGUCCAAUCAUCCGUGGCAUUACAGUUUCUUGAAGGACAGCAGACAUUUUAGAAAGGUAUUUCAAACCAAUUCCUACCAAACUUUUCUUAUGUUUGUUAUUUGUACACAUAAAUUAUUUGGUACAUUUCAUAUGUUGGAAGGAUUGUAAAAAGUAGCAAUUGAUAAUUAUAUCACUUUGAAUGGACUGCAAGCCAGCUGUUUACCUACUGACAGCUUGCUUAAGUAUGCCAGGCAUUUGUCAAUUAACGAAAAGAUUCCAUAUUGCCGUGUAUCUGUUCAGCGACAGUGUGUCACUGAUGGUCUUACUGCAUUUUGACGUCUUCCGCAAUCUAUUACUGUACAAACCCACAGCAAUACAGUCUAAUCUAUUUGUUAUGUGGUAAUAAAGCAAAAUGUUGUCAAUAGUGACAUCAACUAAAUUGUAUGCAUCUGUCCCACAAUAGCGCAUAUUAAGUAAAAACCAUUCAAAAUGUGUGCAUAAUUCAGCUUAUCAUAUAAUUUCAAAGCUGACAUUUUGAGUGUUAGCCCUUUGUCAGAGCAAAGGACUAACACUUGAAACUUCAGCUUUGAAACUCUUCAUGGUGGCCAAUUUACACUAUUAACUCAGUUGAUAAUACUAAAUUAUCCUGUUAUACUCCACCACCAAUUCAGCACCACAGUUUCUUUACAAACUUACCCCUUUAUUAAUUUAUUAUUAUCAUAUAAUAAUUAUAUGAUCUAUGAUGGAUUCUGAAGGAUUACAACUGUAAGAUAAUCUGCACAUGCAUACUUUUUUUGCCCAUCACCUCAAAAAAAUUCAUACAGAAAGUGGCUCAGGUUUUCAGCACUGGGUGACUGCCAUUGUACUCAGUGGGACUUUUGUGUUAGAUUCAUAGGUUGUGAUACAGUCAUCAUGGGGAUGUCACAUAUGGUGCUUGCUGUGUUGAUGACUUCCUGCGAGGGCUCUUGGUUGUGAUCUUAUGGUUCAUUAUGGCUACAGCUGCUUGAGUAAAGAAAAAAAAUGUUGAUAGACAUCACUUAAUCUUCUUCAUCAUAAUGUAAACUCAUAUUAUACCACAACUGAAUCCUUUCAGCCUUGAUCUUUUCUUCUAACCUCCCAGUUUCACCUUUUGAAGUCCCCUUUGUCUCACCUUCUACUUCAUAGUUCUCUCAAGUUGCCCUGUGUUUUUUUAUUGCCCUUGCUAUCUGUUCUCUGCUGGUAGAUAUGUCUAAGUUUUGAAUGAUUUUUUUUUUUGAGGAAUCCUUGCUUUAUAACUUUGAUGCUUGAGCAACACAACAGUUUAAUGUCAGUAGCAUGGUAUUUUGAUGCAAACAAUAGUGUUGCAAUCAGUGGCUAUGAAUGUAUGAAAAAAAUUCAAGCCUGAGCUGGAUUCGAACCCAUGACCUCUGCGAUACCAAUGCAGUGCUCUACCAUUACUGAGCUAUCAAACCAAUAGGGAGCUGGUCAUUAUUUUGGUUCAUAAUAAAACCAUGAGGUGAUGAAUCAAUUUUUUCUUUUUUUUUUAAAUUUUUUUUAAUUGUGACUUAUUUAUGUAUAUAUUUACUCAAACUAGCACUGGUGUGCUAAAAAAUAAGCAAGUUCAAAUAAAGCUUAUUACUACUACAAUGACCAUGAAGAUAGUUGGUUGCAAGUUAGCACUUUCUUUUUAUCAAAUAUGGUUAUGAAGACUGAAAAUGACACUUUAUUAGACUAAGUUGUUUUGGUACAAGAUAUCCCUCAUGAAAUUCGACUCAUUAUAUUUGCAACUUUUGGUCUCUUCUAUUGAUGCAAAAUUGAAAGACCCUAAACAAUUAGUAACCAUAUAUACAGUACUGUAGGUAAGAUAAUGUGAAAAUGUUCAUUAUUUGUUCAUUGUUUUAUAGUUCCUAUUGACUCAACUAAAGGAAUCAAGAUGUUAUACAGCUAUUUCAAUUUUUGUGGAUCAAAAGCCUCAAGCCUAAAGCAAUAGGAGUCAUAUCUGUUCUUGUUGCUCUUUGUUAAGACACACAAGGCAAUACUAAUUGUAUUUUCAGCCUCCAUGUCCAUCUCGUGCCAACAACCCCAAAAGCCUAAAAUUAAUUCUAAUCUACCCAUACCGCCUUCGGUCUUGUCCGUACCCUUGAAGCUUUGAUCCGACAAUUAAAUUGAAAUAGCUGUAUGUAUUUGUGGACAUAAAGCUAGAUGCCACACAUUUUGUCAACACAGUCAGACACAAUUUUGAAGCCGGAAAGUCACUUGCACUUUUGAGCACAAUCCAGUUUGUGACAACACUUCAAGUAUGUAUUAAAUGA